AUGAAAAAGAAGAAGAUUCAGGCCCGUGUCUCUGGUUGCGUGAAUGCCAGCAGUAGUGUGGAGGACCAGGAGGCGGACAAUGACGGCGACAGCGAUGGCUACAGCACGGAAAAGGAACUGCAACAGAAGGUGUCCUCCCCGGCGGAAGCGAAUGAUGCUGGAGUUGGCGGUGACACCGGCAGUGAAUCCUGUGCACCGACCUCAGCGGAGAGCCUUGCCGCCGAUCCCUCAGCGGCCAGGUUCGCCGCUCAAGGCGCUUUCCUCUCGCAUUUUGCAUCGACAAAGCGUACAGAGGCCAGCACCACUUCACCUCCCUAUCCACUUACCGCCUAUCAACACCAACUCUUCGAUUCUGCCAGAACCCUUGAUCUGCCUAACCCCACUGAAAUGCUCCGACUCUCGGCAACUCAGAAGGAGACCGCCCACACCGUCGCCGCCUCCGCCGCCUAUCCACGAGACGUCGCCUACCAGACUCCAGUACCCACUGGGUCAGGAGGCGAGGCCUUCUUUACGAGGGAGCUGAAUGGUUGUUACGGCUCAGAGUGGUGUGACUUGUACACUUCCAGAAGGUUUACACACCCUCAAGUAUCCUACCCCUCCUCCCCGCCGCCGCCAGAAUUGAGGGCAGAACCUGCGUUCCCACCAGUUCGCGAAUCCCUCCCCGAAUACUCCCGAGAGUUCGGACAGUCAAACCUAGUUAAUUAUCCAUAUACUCAGAAGAAUCCCCUCCAAUCUCUUGCAAGCAAUGUGAUUUCCGGCCUCAUUGAUAACACUCACGUCAGCAGUGGAAGCCAGAGUAACAGUCCUUCGAUGGCUGGUGGUAUAGGGGCGGUCGGUGCAGAACUUGGAAAUUCUGGAUCGCCUUCUCAGGUCUUCGGUAGUUCGAGAUAUCUACAUGGACCCACACUUGGGCCGCCAAACACCCCAGCAACGGAAGACGGUCUCGGCAGAUAUGCGGCAAUGUUCUCCAGCCUCCUUAACCCGAACACCUUUGAAUCUGGUCGAAGUGAAGGCCAAUCCCUUUCCUCAAAUCAGGAACCUCACCCUCGGCCAUGUGAGCCCCAGCAUCAACGGCGACGCCAGACACAACCACACGACCCCUGUGCCUACCCCCCUGCCAACUCUGAUCUUUAUUCGCAGUAUACUACCCACAACUACUCCCCAUUCCCACAGGCCCAGACGAACACAGUAUUCUCAGAUGCCAUGGUUUCUCAUUCAGCUGCUGUGGUCGACCCGAUGCAAAAUUACUGUGCACCCUUCUACGGAACACCAAUCUCGAGCCCCCAGAAACAGGCAGAAACGACGGCACUUCCUACCUAUCAGACGGCUGGAUUUGGCGAACAAAACUUCGCCAGCCCCUCUGUCUACGACUAUGCCUCCGUGUUCUCCCACGUCUAUCCGCCCAUGAGACAGGAGGACAACGAUUUGGGGUCAGUCAGCAUGUUCCCGUCGGCAUUUUCCGUGACAAAUGGUGUGUCGUUGGAAUCAACGUUGAAAAUAGCUUAA